GAGCGAUUUUCUUCAACGAUACGUCAAAAUAUCAUAAAUCUUAUCUAAUUGAAAAUAUUGCCUUCUGAAAUUGAAAGAAAUUCUUUCGUCCCAUUUAGCCGGAUGAAACACCAAAAAAAAAAGUUUUGAUUUUUAAAAUAGGAAAAUGCUGACUGUUUGUUUUUUUACAACUGCCAUAAUUUUUGAACUUUAAUUUUUCUUUUUUUGUUGUGUUUUGAUAUAAUUCGAAUUGUGUUUGAUAGAUAUUUUUUUAUAAGUAUUUAUGAGAUAUUUACUUGUUGAUUUUGUUGAAUUAUGGUGUAUAAAUGAAGAAUGGAGAAGGUUUUAAGUAAUGUCGGUCUAAAUGACAAGGAAGAAUGUAAUAAUGAUGUAAAACAAAAAAUGGAAAAGCUCGAAAAGAAAAUCGAUGCAAUGCAGGCCGAAAUUAAUCAUUUAAAAUUUGUAUUUUGGAAAAUGAUUAACCGCAAACCUAUACAACAAAACAAACCAGAAGAUUCUAAUGAAAAUUCUUUAAGGUCGUCCAUUGUUAAUGAUAAAAGUGUCCAAUCGAAUCCAUUAAAAACAAAUAACGUUGAUUCCGAAUCAGAUCGGCCAUCUCCUGUAGCAAAGUUAGAAAGUUCAUUCAAAAUACCAACAAAAAAAGAAGAAAAACAAAUAUAUAAAAAAUAAAUGUCCAAACCAUACAGCCAACGGGAAGAUAAUAUGAUAUUGGACUACGCCAAAAAAAUGAAUGUGAUAGAUGGCGGAAAAGCUGUGUGGAGGGAGUUUUUGUCAAAUGGUUUUCUACCAGAGAGAAGUGUAGAAAGUUUAAGAACAAGAUGGCUGUCCUUAAAAAAAAAAAAUAAAUUGUAAAAAUUUAGUCUUUUGAUAUAUAUUGAAAAUAAAUUAUGUUUAUAUAAUAAAUGUUUGUUUUAUAAGAAGGAUGAAUUUUUUGAAAUAUUUGAUAUUUAAUUGUUUAAUGCAUUAUAAAUAAAAUUUCAGAAAAUAUAGUGUUCAG